AGAGAGAGAGGCUAUUCACCUCCAACCGGCACCAGCACAAUGCAUUAUCUGAGCAGGUUGUACGGCGCAUUCUAAACAGAUAGCGGCACAGACUGUUCAGAGUCUACAACCAACCAGGGAAACAAACAUCACAACAACCGGACCGACUUGAGUAACGGAAGAGGAAGGUAGCCUUUUCGCAGCCUACCGCUACGCAUGUUGACGCUAUACUCUGUAACAAUCCCCUGUUUUCUCUCGCUCUGUUCGUCUUUAUCAAGGACUGCGAAGGACGAACGGGAAAGUCAAAAAAAAGUAUUCGUUGAGAUAGUCACAUGACCUACAGAAUUUACAAGCGGUCAGUACCGGCUCACGGAAUGGAAAAGCUGUCCGGUCGGCGUCGGAGCCACUUGAAACGAAUUGGGUAAUAACGGAAGAUCUUCAUACUGGAAAACAAAAACAAAUGGCAGAAUAGAUGAACACGAAUUUACACGAACACGGCUCCAUUCAUGUGUGAACUAUUUUCCCAUUAGGUAAGACAAACCUGCAUAUUUGAACGGACGUGAGUGACCUUGUUUCAAGGGCUAGAGUUACGGCAACAUCCUGUUUCUCUCUACAUUCUCCGGGGGAUUUAUUUGGCACCAAUGGCGACUUUGAUCAAAUUAAACCGGGAGGAGAAUUCUGGACUAAAGACCGUGAAUAAUAAAUAGUGCGCUCAACCGUGUGAAGUUCCUCUGUUAGCCCCGCCUACCCCAGCAUGACCCACCUGACCUAGUUUCAGAGGGAUGACAUUUCGAGGACCGAUACCUGUCUUUUGGCUUUGAAAGACAACAAUUAACGUUCAACUCCAUUGAACCUUGAAGGACGUGAAGUGAGACGUAUUUUUUCGUCUUCUUCCUGUACCUUUCACUCAGUUUUGCCGAUGAAUAACGGAAACGAUACGUUAUUAUAAAGGCUGCGUAAAUGUGUAGUAGGCAAUGAUAGCCUUUAUCAAGGUCUUGAUUGCUGGAUGUGUCUAAUCUUUUGGAUCUACCUGGGGGUCAAGAAACAACUGAGAGGAGACAUAAUUAUCACGAGUGUCCCUCUGAAGCACUGGAUUUAAGUUCAUGUCCUGUAUAGGCUACCUCUGUAAUUUCCUGUAUAACGCCUGACAUUUUUUUUUAAUUUCACGUGGGAAUAAUAAUUCUACUGACUCAGGGAAUUUCAUGCUCAUGAAAACCAUUUUCAUUAAUGGUGCUAUAAGGAUUACACUUUAUGAAACUUGCAUUUUAGUUUUUUUUUUGACACUGUUGUUGAGAUCAAAGGUUUGCAUGAGAAGGGAAUUGACAGGAAAUCAUUGGGGAUUAUGACAUCAUAUGCUGUCUGGCAAUAAUUCAGAGGACCAUGCUGUGAUUGACAGCUAGAUCAAUAAAAACACAUCAGCCAAGAGGAUCUGAGGGCAUUAUUAUGGCAAUGACGACAAAAGAACAAGUGCUUUUAAGGACAGAGCAGCAAGUAGAGCGUGUUCAACCUCUCAACAGAGAUUUAUUGGAGCCAACCAAUCAUCAAACAGUCCGUCCUUCUCCUCGUCCAAUCAUGUUCUUGAAUUGCGGCCAAUUGCUGCCACCCCUGCUGCGGCACGCGGAUGUCCCAGCCCGCAUCACUGAGAGCUUCAUCCUGUCCGGUUACCGCUUCCCCAACUACAGCCUCGCCCAGUGCCUGCUCUCGGCCUUUCAGCCCACCAACGAGACCGGCAACUUCUGGACCCAUUUCCUGCCAGUCUUCAUCUUUGCCUUCUACUUCCUGGAGCCGUUCGGUUUGGAGGGCGCUCCGCCCACCUCCGACCCUUUCUUCUACCCGCUGUGGAACUACUUCAUGGGGGUGUUGUGCCUGCUGAUGGCCAGCAGCAUGGCUCACCUCCUCAACUCCAUGUCUCUGGUCAUAAGGGAGGUGUGCUUCUUUGUGGAUUAUGGAACCAUCAGUGCUUACACCGUCGGGUCUUCGUUGGCCUAUUACUACUAUAUACACCCCAGAGCGGGGCUCCUGGAAGUGAGGAUUGGGAGACACAACAACACCCACCAGGACCCUUCUUCGUCAUCCUCAUCAUUGUCCGCGGCCAUGCCAGAGUUCGGCGUGUUUUUCGAGACCCUGUACAUCCCCAGCUCCUGUCUGGUGGCCAUCAUCUGUGUCUUGGCCUGCUGCAACACCCGCCAGCGCUGGAGGACCUACCGCUACCUCAUACGUACCCUGGUAUUCCUUCUGCCCUUCCUCGUGGCCUCCACGCCCAUCUUCUACCGCCUCCUCCACUCCUCCCCCUACCUGCCGACCUCCUCCUCCUUCUCCUCCUCCGCCUCCAUGGCCCAGUUCUUCUGCCGACACUGCUUCUGGCUGGUGGUAUCAGCCCUGUUCAACAUUAGCAAGAUCCCUGAGCGACUGUCCCCAGGCAGGUUUGAUAUCUGGGGGCACAGUCACCAGUGGUUCCACGUCUGCACCUUCCUGUCCAUUCUCGAUGAACUUCAUAUGAUCAACGGGGAGGUGAGGGCUAUACUCCUUCACCCAGUCCUGGUGGUGCCCCCGGCCACCCCUCCACACCUCCCCGGCCCCACCUUAGCCUCCACCUACGGGGUGAUGCUGGUCCUCCAGGCCUCCAUCGCCUCCAUCAUCGCCUGGUUCUCCUGGUGCGCCAACAGCAUCUACAAACCCCAGGGAGACCAGUUGGAGAAAGAGUUCCUCUCUAAAAGACAUCUAAAGUGUCACUGAUGUGGGAUCUGAUUUGACGAAGAGCUCUGAUUUUAUUUCCAGACGUAGGCCAGUCAGCUCGUAGAUUAACUGACUUAAUUUAUUUCAUCACUUGAACAAUGCAGCGCAUAUCGUUUAUGGAGGUUAGAGAGGAUACCACUCACGUAAUAUAAAAAAAGUAGCGUGUGUUUUCAUGUAUUGUUUUCAUUUGUAGUCACUCUGUAACAUUCACUAGUUCUGUAUCCUACUUUGUUUUCACCUUCACCCAGUGGUUUCCCCCUUUCCCUUUACCCUGGACUUUGUGUGUCACUUUAGCUUUAAAAGGGUAAGUGGCGGUCAGCUAAUAUUCAAGGGUUUUUGUUGUUCAAGUUCACCAUGGGGGGUCCUAUUUGGUCCACUGGAUUAGGAACAGUGUUUUGUGGGGUUGGAACACCUUGGCGGUUCAGUCAUGUCGCCCGGGGGUUCAGUCAUGUCGC